AUGAAACCAAAGCCUAAUUUGUCGAAUCUACGGGUCUAUGGCUGUAAAGCCUUCGUGAGGAUCAAUAAUAUCCCUCGUCUCGCAAAGAUGAAGCCUAGAGCAAUGAUAGGCUACCUUAGAAUCUGGGUGCCUAAGGCCCAUAAGGUCAUUAAUGCAAGAGACUGUGUAUUCGAUGAGGCUAGCUUCUACCAACUAAAUACGGCGUACGAUGUGAUAGACGACUAA